AUGGUACUCCUCCCAAACCGCUCUUCAAUCUCCCCUUGCAGCCGGAAUCGCACAUCAGUCUUCGUUCGGGCAGUUUAUUCUCACGCCUGGCUAUUCGGACGACUUGGGCAUUCCCUUGCUCGUCUAGGAUACCCUACUCCAACGCAAACUGAAGCAGCAGAGGGUGCCAAAACGGAAGCCGGUGCCGGCGCAGAGGCAGAGGAAGAGGCCGGUGCCGACGCAGAGGAAGAGGCCGGCGCCGGCGGCGGAGCAGCAGCCAGCGGCGGAGCAGCAGCCUGCGAUGCAACAGCAGCCGGCGGCGGAGCAGCAGCAGCCGGCGGCGGAGCAGUCGCCGGCGGCGGAGCAGCAGCCGGCGACGGAGCAGCAGCCGCCGGCGGAGCAGCAGCCGGCGGCGGAGCAGAAGCAGGCGGCGGAGAAGCAGCCGGUGGUGGAGCAGCAGCCUGCGGCGGAACAGCAGCCUGCAUCGGAGCAGCAACCGGCGGCGGAACAGCAGCCGGCGGCGGAACAGAAGCCGGCGGCGGAGCAGGAGCCGGCGGCGGAGCAGCAGCCGGCGGAGGAGCAGCAGCCGGCGGAGGGGGGGCAGCAGGCAUAGGUGCAGCAGUAGGGGACGGAGGGGCAGCAGCAGGGGACGGAGGGGCAGCAGCAGGGGACGGAGGAGCAGCAGGUUGCGACGGAAAAUAUGAGAAGGAGAUGGCGGCGGAGCUGGAGAGGCAGGAUCGGCUGCACGGUCUGAUUCCCGAAGGAGCGAGUCGGGGGCGACUUCUAAUCGAUCAUAACGAGCACGAUCUACGCGGAGUCGCACACCAAUCGUCAUUCGAGCAAUCGAUCUCCGCUCCUGGCGAAUCGGGCGACGCGCAAAUUCCCUUGCUCUUUGAAGACUCUACCCUUCCGCGCAAACUGCAGCAGCAGGGGCAGCAGAGUCCACGCUGA